AUGUUUCCUAAUGCGACUAAAAUUAAUUUAAUGAUUGAAAGACAAUCUCCUAUGAGUUCAUUAGACUUUCUUACUUCAAUAAUCAAUGUUUCAAAAUUGGUUGAAGUCAAAUUAGAAAGUUAUUGUUUCGACCACGAUAAUCAAAAUCUUUUAGUUAAAAUUAUUUCUAUUCUUAAACAAGCAUAUUCUCUUUCAUCUUUGAUAGUUCAAAGUCGUUAUGGUAAAUAUCGAUUAUAUCCAUUUUUGAAUCGUUUAUGUUCAAAAAUUCCACGUCAGACUAAAUGUUUACAAAUACCAAUCAAUCAAUUAAAUCAAAUUGAAAUCAUUUUUGAACGAUGUCAAAAUUUGUCAGUUGUACGAUUUGAAAUAACACGUUCGAAAUUUUCUCAACAGGUCAUUGACUGGUUUAAUCAGAACACUAUGAAUUCAACAUUUCGAAGACAUAAUGGAUGUGAUAUUGUAUGGAUUGGAAAGAAAAUAAAUCAUAUCAAAGAUAGUCAUAAACGAAUUAAGUUGGAUGAAAAUCAAUUUGAUUCUUAA